UAUGUUUCUGAACGAAUCCACCACUUUCCUUCUAAAUUGCAUACGAGACAAUACGUGGACGUUCGCUAGCGAUAUAUUUAAAGGAAAACUAAUAGUUAUUAGUUAAACUUUACCUAAAAGACUGCAAAAUGGUCACAAAGUAUAUUUUAACAGUUCUCGCGCUCGCUAUCUGCGGUUCAUUGGCCGAAACGUGCAAGAAUCCACAAGCAGGAGCCGAUUCUUUUACGAGUUUAGAUGCCACCAUCGUCACACAAAUAGCUUAUAUUACAGAAUUUACAUUAAAAUGUGAUAACCCUCUGCCUCAAAAUUUCGCGUUGUACGCUGAGGUUGAAGGUAAACCCUUGACAGCAGCGCGAAUUGCCGAAAAUAGAUAUCAGGUGUCCUGGACCGAGGAACCUUCGAAGGCACGUGCUGGUGUUCACGAAGUUAGCAUCUUCGAUGAAGAAGGGUGGGCGUCCUUACGCAGAGCUCGUAGGAGUGACCCGUCUGUGACUGUUGCUCCACUGCUAUCCAUACAGUUGCAACACCCAGGAAGUUACUCUGGCCCAUGGGUAAACUCGGAAAUCCUCGCUACAGUCCUCUCCAUCAUCGUAGCUUACACCGCACUCAGAAACAAAAGCAUGAUUCUAGCUUAAGAUGUUAAUUUAGCUGUUUUUAAUAUAUUUAUAUUAAAUAUGUGAAUUUAUAAA